CGUAAGUCAUUUAGCGUUUAGCCAGUGUUCGAAGUGCUAGGAUUUUCCUGAUCCAAUACUGUAACGCUCUAGUCUUCCCCCUCCCGGUGAAACUAGUGCUGCCGGUCGUGUCUGUGUCCUUUUGUCUAUGAUCCGCAUUUCCACCGCCGUUGCUGCUGUCGUGGGAGUGUGUGAUCGUGCUUUUGCGGUGUGAUUAUUUUGUUCUGGUCCAUUACCUUCACGUUUUGCGGUUUAUCUACGCCUUUUGAGACCGUGGGAGACAGUGCUGCCAGAGCCGAAGGCCCGGAAGGAUCGUGUGUGUGCCUAACGACGCUUCGAAGCAGUGGAAUUUUUCUGUGAUCUAGUCUGUGGAACGCGUGAAAAACCUGACAGCCGAAAUGAAAGUUCUCGCCAUCUGCCUCGCGCUUCUGAUGUCCCUGGUGCUGGUGACGGCACAGCACUAUGGAAGACCCCUGACGGCGUUCGAUCUGAGCUCGCUGACCGGGGACUUUGGUGGACCGAGUGCCUUCGCUGAUGCGGACUUUAGCUCCAAUCGACUAACCGCGGCUAGCGGGCGCGAUCCACGACAGAACCGAGGUCCGGUCGUGUUCCCUCCACCCCCAACGGACGGUCCCAUGGAAUCCAGCGGUGUAGUCGUCGGUGCUUCCGGUUACGGUUUCGUGCCUCCGAGUACUCCACAAAAUUCCUUUAACUCUGUUUUCAGAAAUCUAAGAUACUUCUAGUCUAGUUUAAUCAUUCGCUGUAAUUUCGAAAUUUGAAAAUUUUAGUCCUUUCUAACUCCUUCUUCGGUCAAGUUUACUUUCGACGAAAAGCUGCAGCAUCACAACGCGUGUUGGUUAGUGGUUAGCAGUCGCUUAGUUUAAGACGUUAGUCUAGAAGUCAAGGAAACUCGAGCUCGCUCGGGCCGAAUUUGCUGCCAUAUCAAAUUUGGUAUCUAUUGAUAAGAAAGGAUUUACCUUUUAGGGACCCCUGGUUCUCGUGCGAAUAACAGUGUAAAAAAACGUAGGAGAAGCAGGGGUGCUCUUUGUUUCAGCAGUAAGCCCUGUACAAAUUGAACCCAAGAAGCACCGAAGAACGAAAAAAAAAAAACGAAUUGUAUAGGAAAACUUGUAACAUAGGGUUAUUAACUAUUUUAUUUAAUAAAUUAUUCUAGUUGA